UUAUAGUAUACCAAUGCCAAAAGCAGAGGCUGUCGCAGCUACAGGAAUGGAACAAGAAAAAAUGUAUUACGAUAUGGCGGGCGAAAAGUAUUUGGUUAUAUUCAAUCAUUUUCAGUAUAAAAAAACCUUAUAUUUCGGUUACAAACGUCCAAGAACAAGAAUAGGUACGGAAAAAGAUGUUGAGAAAAUGCAACGAGUUUUUGACAAUUUAGGAUAUAAAGUAAUCACAUACGCAGACCUAGAGCACGUGGAAAUAUUGCAGAAAAUAAAAGAACUUUGUAAAAAAGACCAUAAGGCAACUUCUUGUCUGUGUUUUGCGUUCCUGACACAUGGAGAGAAGGGUGGAGACCUUUAUGCAGCCGAUAGGCCAUAUCAAUUUAGAGAUGUAACGUUACUAGUAGAAAAUGGCCAUCCAAGCCUCGUUGGAAAACCGAAGUUAUUCUUUGUGCAGGCUUGCAGAGGUAGUCAGAUUGAUGAUGGCAGGAGGGUCCAAUUAGAUGGUGGUGGGGCGUCGCUAGUCAUACCAACUCAUGCGGAUAUUCUUGUACUGUAUUCUACCGUUGAAGAUUAUUUAUCAUAUAGGGACAGCGAAGGAUCAUUCAUGAUACAGGAGCUCUGUGACGUCAUAGAGGAGUACCACGAACAAUGGGAUAUUUUACACAUAAUAACCGUUGUGCAGAGAAGAGUCGCAUUUCACAGAACUACUUACGCACCAUCAAACUUAACAAUACACGACAAGAAACAAAUGCCUGAAACUAGAUUUACUUUAACGAAAUUGUUAAAGUUUUAAACCAUGUUCCAUAGACAAAUUAUUUGUUUGUAAAAAAAAAAACAAAAAUUAAUGAAUUUAAUUUACAUUGAUAAGAAUAUUACAUUCUAAAUUAUAAAAAUAACUCAAAAAGUAGAUUCAGAUCUCGCUCGGAUUUAAAUUGGACAACACGACAAGCAACAUCUUUUGAAUAAAAGAAGAAUAAGUAGUUUCAAAAAUUAAAAAAAGUGUAUGAAAGAAGUGAAACUUCUCACACUCACAGAUGAAAGAAGUGAAACUUCUAAAAAGUCGUUUUGUUCUAUCGACGGUGUGAUCAUCGUCUCGUGAAAAGGUCGUAAGCGCCAUGCAAAACGCAUCGCUACAUUAAUUUAUUUAUGUGUUCCUUUCUUUAUCGUGACACAUUUUUUAUUUUCAUCGAGUUUUAAAUCACGAUUCUAACAAAAGUUUCACUUUAAUAAAAAAAAUUAUAUUUAUACAAUAAAAUAUGAUUUUCAAUUUUGUUCCUAUUGUAUUUUCUUUGAAGUGAAGUGUAAAAUAAAAGAAAAAUUCGUCUUGGUUUUAUUCCUCUUCAUCAGACAUAAUUAAUACCUUAAAUGCUUUGUGUAAAAAAAUAAACAGAUACAGUUUCGUUUUA